AUGAAUUCGGCGGAGCAGACCGUUACGUGGCUGAUCGCCCUGGGCGUGCUGGAGUCGCCCAAAAAGACCAUCUCCGACCCCGAGGGCUUCCUCCAGUCCUCCCUGAAGGACGGGGUGGUUCUCUGCCGCCUGCUCGACCGCCUGCUCCCGGGCACCAUAGACAAAGUGUACCCGGAGCCGCGGACGGAGGGCGAGUGCCUGAGCAACAUCCGCGAGUUCCUGCGGGGCUGCGGUGCCUCCCUCCGCCUGGAGACUUUUGAUGCAAAUGACCUGUAUCAGGGACAGAAUUUCAGCAAAGUUCUCAGCUCUCUCGUGGCUUUAAAUAAGGUGACUGCAGACAUAGGGCUGGGCAGUGACUCUGUAUGCGCACGUCCCUCAUCUCAUCGGAUAAAAUCUUUUGAUUCUCUGGGAUCCCAGUCUUUACACAGUAGGACUUCAAAACUCUUUCAGGGACAGUAUCGGAGUUUGGACAUGACAGAUAACAGCAACCAUCAGUUGGUGGUGAGAGCAAAAUUUAAUUUUCAACAGACAAAUGAAGAUGAACUUUCUUUUUCAAAAGGAGAUAUUAUUCAUGUUACAAGAGUGGAAGAAGGAGGCUGGUGGGAAGGAACUCUAAAUGGCAAAACAGGGUGGUUUCCAAGUAACUACGUACGAGAAAUAAAAUCAAAUGAAAAACCCGUCUCCCCCAAAUCAGGUACAUUGAAGAGUCCACCUAAAGGCUUUGAUACGUCUGCAAUUAACAAAAGCUAUUACAAUGUGGUGCUACAAAAUAUAUUAGAAACAGAAAAUGAAUAUGCUAAGGAGCUACAAACAAUGCUUUCAAACUACCUGCGACCAUUACAAGCCAGUGAAAAGUUAAACUCGGCAAAUACUUCAUACUUAAUGGGAAACCUGGAAGAAAUAAGUUCUUUCCAGCAAAUGCUUGUACAGUCUUUAGAAGAAUGCACCAAGUUGCCUGAAGCUCAGCAGAGGGUUGGAGGAUGUUUUCUAAAUCUGAUGCCACAAAUGAAAAGCUUAUACCUUGCAUACUGUGCCAACCAUCCAUCAGCAGUAAAUGUUCUCACAGAACACAGUGAGGAGCUAGGAGAAUUCAUGGAGAUGAAAGGUGCCAACAGCCCUGGGAUCCUUGUACUGACCACGGGCCUCAGCAAACCUUUUAUGCGUCUGGAUAAAUACCCCACGUUACUCAAAGAACUUGAAAGGCACAUGGAGGAUUAUCAUCCGGAUCGUCCAGAUAUUCAAAAAUCCAUGACUGCCUUCAAAAAUCUUUCUGCACAAUGUCAAGAAGUACGGAAACGGAAAGAACUUGAACUACAAAUACUGACAGAGGCUAUCCGUUGUUGGGAGGGAGAGGAUAUUAAAACACUUGGCAAUGUGAUUUACAUGUCCCAGGUCAUGAUUCAGUGUGCUGGAAGUGAGGAAAAGAAUGAAAGGUAUCUUCUUCUCUUCCCUAAUAUUUUGCUAAUGUUGUCUGCCAGCCCGAGAAUGAGUGGGUUUAUCUAUCAGGGAAAAUUGCCAAUGACAGGAAUGACUAUCACAAAGCUAGAAGACAGUGAAAACCAUAAAAAUGCAUUUGAAAUAUCAGGAACGAUGAUUGAAAGAAUACUAGUGUCUUGUAACAACCAGCAAGAUUUGCAUGAAUGGGUGGAUCACCUGCAGAAGCAAACCAAAGUCACAACUGUUGGGAAUCCCACCAUUAAACCUCACUCUGUGCCAUCUCACACGCUUCCUUCCCAUCCAGUAACGCCCUCCAGCAAGCAUUCGGACAGUAAGCCGAUACCACUGACUCCUGCGUACCACACUCUUCCUCAUCCGUCACAUCAUGGGACUCCGCAUACCACGAUAAACUGGGGACCUCUGGAACCUCCGAAAACCCCCAAGCCUUGGAGUCUGAGCUGCUUACGGCCCGCACCUCCAUUACGGCCUUCAGCAGCUCUUUGUUAUAAAGAGAGGAUGUCUUGUAUCCUUAAGGAUCUCAGUAAAAGCCCUAAAACCAUGAAAAAGCUGCUUCCCAAACGCAAGCCAGAACGGAAGCCAUCAGAUGAAGAGUUUGCACUGAGAAAAAGUACAGCUGCUUUAGAAGAAGAUGCUCAAAUUCUUAAAGUCAUUGAAGCAUAUUGCACAAGUGCCAAAACACGUCAAACACUAAAUUCAAGUUCCCGUAAAGAAUCAGCUCCUCAAGUCCUGCUUCCAGAAGAAGAAAAGAUUAUUGUAGAAGAAACUAAAAGUAAUGGUCAGACUGUUAUAGAAGAGAAAAGCCUUGUUGACACAGUAUAUGCAUUAAAGGAUGAAGUACAGGAGUUAAGACAGGAUAAUAAAAAGAUGAAGAAAUCAUUAGAAGAAGAACAAAGAGCUCGCAAGGACUUGGAGAAGCUUGUUAGAAAAGUUCUAAAGAACAUGAAUGACCCAUCUUGGGAUGAAACCAACUUAUAACUAAUUUUUUUUUUUUUUUUUUUUUUUUUUUCCCUUUUUCUUUCUGUUGAAAGACCAGUUGUAAAACUGAGCUGGGAAGCCUUCUGACAUUAGUCAGUGUUGCAUCAAGAGCACUACAAAACAGGAUUUAACUGGAUCUAGUGAUUUCUUGCUCUGAACAUACAGAAUCAGUCAAGCCCUUUACUGAAGCAAUCUGUACUUUAAGUGUGGAGACAGUGGAUCCUGAACUCUACUAAACUUAAUUUGUUUGCAUCUAAAUUACCUCAUUUUGCAGAAAGUGCAGCACCUGACUAAAAGUCCAUGUUUUUCAGUGGCUUUUUAAUUAAAUAUAUAUUUUUCUUGUAAAUAUCUGUAAUUUUGAAUGCAUAUGUGAUUGAUGUAUCAGGGCUGAUAUGUUGGUUUUUUUCUCUUGUUAUUAUAAUGGUCACAAGUGUUAGAAAUGACGGCAGUACUGUCUUACCUAAGAAAGGUCAGAGUUCUUUGUGGAUAAUUAUGGAUUUGUUCCAAAUUACCUACUCAUCACACAUGCAAAUUUGAAAACCUAAUUUUCCUAUUGACCACUGUAUUUAAAUCCUUCACUGUUAUUUAUGUCUGUGCAUACAUUUUUAAACAGUUUACAAUUCUUUAAGAACAGUAUUAAAAUACAGAAGAUCGUUUAUUGACAGUAGAAACAAUUUUUAACAAAACUAAUGCCCGUGAUUUACGUUCAUGUACACUUGUUUGGCAGACUAAUCUGUUGUGCUUUGGCCACCAAAAGACUGAUGUACUUGCCUGCUUUUUAUGACUGUGAUUUUUAGGUGUUUAUGUACUACAUUUUCUAUUGUUGUGCUUAAACAUACAGCUGGCUGAUAAUUUAAUAGAUCAUGAAGUUUGUUAAAGCA